UAAAUUUAGACAUAACUCACCGACAAAAUAAAUGUGCAUACAUGUUGUUUUGCUGUAUGUACGAACAUGUGGAAAACUAUGGAAGAAAAUAAUAGUUGGAUAAAAUUGAAUGGACUCCAUAUUGAAUAUCCAUAGGUGUCCUUGUUUCAUUCACGUAUAUACCACCAGAUUUGUUUUGGAGUUCAUGUAUCCAAAGAAAAUAUAAGUCAAUGGCUACAGCACAUGGCAUUGAAGUGUCGCAUAAGACCCACUAUGCGCGUCUUGGACAUGCCUCGCAACAUUUAAUACCUAGUAUUCUAAAAGAAUUGUUGGCUCAUUAUAUUCCACCAAAUACCCUUCUCGGUCAAGUGAAUGGAUGCAUAAAAUUAACCCGAAGUAAACUAUUGAAAACUGGAGAAUGGAAAAAAAUACACAAUGCUGCAAAUAACGGAUACGAUGAAUUCGAUACCCCACUCAUUUAUACAAUUUUACGAAAUAUCUUUCCUACAAUUCAACCAACGAAUAGAUGGGAUCAUCCAACAAAUCCUCAACCGCACGAGACAACACUAGGAGAUGAUAUUGAAAGAUGCCGAAGAUAUCGUAAUGCAAUUUUACACAGAGGAAAUACAACAGUUACAGAUCAAGAGUUAGAUGAUAUUUUUAAUGACUUUAAAUCUAUGGCGAUGAGGUUUGAAAAUGUUCUAAAAAAACAACCAAACGAAUUCGUCUUUGAAUUUGAAAACUUAAGAACAUGUUGCAUGGAUGAGGAUACAGAAAAGAUGUAUUUAGACAGACUCCAAGAUAUUCAAGAAAAGGAAAAAGAUGACCAUGAAUCCAUCAAAGAUUUAGAAAAAAGGACUAAUCUCACCGAACAGCGUAUGUCAAAGGUUGAGUUAGAUAUGCAAUCUCUUACAGAUGCAAUGCAGUCUGUGAAUUCAUCUACAGAUGAGGGUCUCGUGUUUCGAGAAACGCUGGCUGACAAGACCUGUUAUGAAGGUGACAGAAUCAGCUUAGAAUGUGUAGUAGGAGGAGGGAAGAAACCAAGCAAAUGGUAUAAAGGGGACGAAGCUGUGCUAUCAGAUAAUAUUCGUGAUGAAUCUAAAGAUCAAACAUACAAACUGAGCAUUUUGUAUGCUACAAGAAAAGACGCAGGAGUAUACACUGUAUUGAUUGGAAAUGAAACAAGAGAUGUUCGAUUGAAUGUAAUUGAAAGACCACCUUUUCUAAUAAAACUUCGUAUGUACCAACAAGAGUUAGCAGAAAUUGCAUUAAGAGGUGAAAACACAAUUAUUUGCGCCGGAACUAAUGCUGGGAAAACAUACGUGGCUUUCCAUGUGAUAGAAAGUCACUUGUUAAAAAAUCCAAAAGCAGGAAAAGUUGUGUUCAUAAACAAGACAAAUGUAUUACUAGGACAGCAGUACAAAAGGGCAUGUGAUACUUUUACAACACUUCAAAUUCAGGGUAAAAUCAAAAUAUGGAAAGCUGAAGAUGACGACAGUGACAAUUUUGAAAAGGAAAUUGGCAAAGCCAGUUUAAUAUUUUUGACCCCCAAAUCUUUAUCCAACCACCUUAUAGAUAGUGCAGCAGUUAAAGUUUCUAUAGAGAUUUUCACAUUGAUUAUUUUUGACGAAUGUCAUCAUACACAUGAUAAAAGUGUUUACAACGAAUUGAUGUCGUAUUAUAGAAUAGCAAAGUAUAGUGGAAAGACACAUCGACUCCCACAGAUACUUGGAUUGACAGCAUCACCAGGUACAAACAAAUCUAAAGACCUGGCGUCAGCAAAGGAUCAUUUAACAAAAGUUAUGGCAAAUUUGGAUGUAUCAGAACUGUCUGUUGUCAAACGAAAUAAAGAAGAACUACUUCAAUAUACAUCAAUUCCAGAAAAAGUUCCUAUUACAUCAUCUACCAGAAAACAUGAUCCUUUGAAAGAUAUUAUAUUUAGAGCAAUGGAAUACGUUGAACAUAAACUGAACUCUCGAAUAGUUUCAAACUUUUUGAGUGAAAUUCUACACCAGAAUAGGGACUUAUAUGAAGCAUUACAUAAUCCACCGAUUCAAAGAACGGAAGUCCGGUACAUACAGUGGAUCGGAGAAACUAAAGAAAAAGUAGAACAUGUAUUACAUAAAGAUUCAAAAGUACCACGAUUGCUUCAUGCAUGUCUGAGACAUUUAGAGUUGUAUACAGAAUGUCUUGAAAUCAAUGCAUUGCUGGAAAUUGAUCAAGUUCGUGACGUGAUCAUGCAGGGAUAUGCAAAUGAAUCUUUUGCAAGUCAGAGUGCAAAUACAGAAGAGGAGAGGGAAAUCGUAUCCAAAUUACGAGACGUGUUUGCUGAAAUUCGAGAAAUAGGAAGAUACAUAGAGGGUAAUCCUGAUAUAAAGGUCGUUAUUGAAAAGAUUGAAAACGAAUACAAACAAUUAGAAGAAGAUUCAAGAUUUAUUAUAUUUGUAAAAACCAGAGCAACAGCAAUAGCCUUAGCAGAGAGACUUCCAAGUUAUCUUCGUAGUACUUACCUGACUGGUUCUCACAAAUCUGUAGAGGAAGGAGGUCGCCCUCCUGACCAACAGAUAGAAGUGUUGGAGAAGUUCAGAAAUGGUGAACAUUUAUGCAUUGUUGCCACGUCAGUAGGAUGUGAGGGACUCGAUGUUCCGCAAUGUAAUAUGAUGAUCCGUUAUAGAUUUAGUGCAGAUGAAAUAAGCAGCUUGCAAAUGCGUGGAAGAGUACGCAAGAAGGCAGGUCAAGAGGUGAUAGUUGGUACUACAAAAGAAUUUGAAACUGAAAAGAAAAACAUUCAAAGACAGUAUCUAAUGACACAAGCCAUAGGAGAAAUUUCAAAACUUAGUAUAGGCAGAGAUAUAGCUAUAGCAGAGAAACUAGUAUAUGAAAAAGAAGAAAACGAAAGAAUAACUCAACAAAAAAAGAUGGGUAAAAAAAAGAAUGGAUUUUUUUCUGUUAACUGUAAAUAUUGCGGAGUCCUAAUCACUGAUUAUAAUCUAUUGCGACAUGUUAAUGAGAAAAUGUUCGUUGUUUGUGAUAAUUUAAUACUUACAAGAAUAGACAGGAUACCAUUUCCUAGAAAGAAGCAAACAGAAUUUGAUGGCUGUAAAAAACUAGAUAAAGUAUAUGGAUUGCAGUGUCGACAUAGAUGGGGUUCGAUAAUUAUCUACAAGGAGUGUGAAUUUGUUGCAUUAUCACAAAACUAUGUUAAGAUAUUUGACUGUCAAACAGAUUCAUUCAUAGACUGUGAAAAAUGGUGUGAUCUUCCAUUCAAAAUACAGGAACUGACUAAUGAUGAUUUCAUCAAUUACAAUAAAAUGCCUGUUUCAAUGUGAUAUGAUUUAUACAACAAUUUAUCAGCUUGUAUAUGCUUUGAUGAUUUUGUUUUAAUAGGCUCAGCAGUUACAUAAUUUAUGUGCAUUGUUUGUAAAUUAUAAAUAAAAUACCUGUU